UGUGAAUUAGUUGUUGAUGCUAGCUGCAGUCGCGAAGGGAGACGGCUGGUGCGCGGCGCUCGCGGGGUGCGCAGCGCUCGCGGCACUGGGGGUGCUGGCGACCCCGUCCCCCGACUCCGGCACCAGUGAGGAGCUGCGCCAGGCACUCGUCCUGGUUGAUAUUCUUAGAUCCGGUAUGGUAAUGCGUAGGACGACCGCGAGCGCCGUAGCGCCGGCCACAGCCGCCUUGCCUCCUGUGCCCUUGCCCGGCACGCAUGGCGCGUUUCCCGUGCCUUACUACUUAUACGAUGCACCUUUCAGACGUUUCUAUGGGGCAGGCGGAAGGCGCGGUGGGCGCGGCGAGCGGCAGCUGCAGUACGAGGACUCGUUCGGUGCCCACCCAGAUGGAAAUGACGCUUUUACAAGCUCAACGGCAACAAGCAAAGUUUCCGAAGAACAGUCGAGUCCUUCAAGUUGGACGAAGACAAGCUCGUCCCCUGCGAAAGAUAACGCCGCCAUCGCCAUGUCGACGCCAGCCCCUCCGACCACAGCCGAGCCGACAGCGGCCACCACGGCCACGGCACUUAAUACACACGCGAACAUUGUCACCACGAGCCUUCGCACCCUUCAAGACUCCGAGCCACCGAGAACCUCCACCGCCGCAACCAACGCGCUCAAAAUUAAAAAACUGAAAUACUUAAAAGAAGAUAGGUUUCGGACGAGAGUUUUCAAUGAGGAAAGAAAUAAGGUGAGACAAAGCGAGGAGCAGAUAGAGAUGUCGCAGGCGGCCGCGGAGUUGCGGCGCGAAGCGACGGCCGGUGGACAGCGCGGCGGCGGCGGGCACUCGCCGUGGCGGCACCGCGGCACCACCCGGGUGCAUCUGGCGCGCAGCUCCGCGCUGCCGCGGCCGCUGCCUGAGAAUAACGCCUUCUGCCACGUCAGCCCCCACAGCCCCCUUUGUCGCACUUUUAUUUAAAGAACUAAUAGCCUAGCCCUCGUCAGCAUUGAUUAAU